ACUACCGAAGUCUUCUCCGGCCACAUCGGUGUGCGAUAUGGCCGAGAACACGGAGCUGCAAAUAGAUAUAGACUCUGCCUUUGAGAAAUCAAUAAUCAUUGGAAGGGCAACUAUACCUUGCAUUUGGCGUGACAAUUAUGGAUUCAAGAUCAAGCUGAACAAUUAUCAGCGUUUUAACAGUUUGCAGUAAUAAGUCGAAAUGAUGUCCGAUCGCAAAGCAGAGUUAGAGAGGAAGAAGGCGAAACUCCAAGCUAUCAGGGAAGAAAAAGAGAGGAGAAGAAGGGAGAAAGAACAGAAAGAUGUCGAAGAAGCAACGGUUCGUGCAGCAGGGGCUGAUAAGGACCAUAGAAAAGAACUCGAUGCUAUGCUUUCUUCCCUUGGGGUGGCUCCAGUUUCAGGUAUUUCAGAUGUUCUGUCCAGCCUUUCGAGUAUGAACUCUCUGACACCGGAACAGAGUGCCAAUGCAACUCCAGAUGCUAGUUUGCAGCCGUCUAGUAUAAAUUCUUCUCAGAGUGGCACGGGGCGCAGAAAGUCUCCACGUGAACUCACCGUGGUUUCUGUGGCACAUACGAAUAUUUUACCAAAGGAGCCCGUUCUAUACAGCAAGUCGACGCAAACUAUUCAGACAACACACAUUUCUAACGACGGCUACUUUGAGACCGACUGGUGGCGUCCCAGGAAAGGUGGGUCUGCACCAAGCUACCUAUACGAGUACAAUCUAAAUCCUGGUUUAGAAUGGGAGGACGAGUUUACAGCCGAGGAUGAGGAGAACAGCUUGCCGCACAUGGACGGCUUCCAGAGCAAACUUCCACCGGGGAUCCUCCCCCAUGGGUUGCCCCAGGUCAAGGAGGUGCAACCUGCCGUCACGCAGGUGGAGCAGGAGAAGGAAAAGGAGAAGCCUAAAGAGGUGAGGGAGCUUAGCGAAGAGGAGAAGCAGAUGAUCAUUCUAUCGGAAGACUUCCAACGCUUCCUGUAUCGCACGAGCCGCAUCGUCGAGAGAGCACUCGGAGAGUCAGUCGACAUUUACACGGAUUACACGGGAACCACCGACGGAGAAGACGGGAUGGAUGAGAAGAGCCACCAGAGACUCUGGCUGAACCGCUCCUUCUUCUGCGAGCGCUGGUCCAGGAACAGGUGCGUCACCUCCAUGGACUGGUCCCCGCAGUUCCCGGAGCUGCUGGCCGCCUCUUAUAACAACAACGACGACAUUCCCAACGACCCGGACGGAGUCUGCCUGAUCUGGAACACCAAGUUCAAGAAGACCACCCCGGAGUUCAUAUUCCACUGUCAGUCGCCGGUCAUGUCCUGCACCUUCGCGAGAUUCCACCCGAACCUGAUCCUCGGCGGGGCGUACUCCGGGCAGAUCGUCCUCUGGGACAACCGCGUCCAGAAGAGAACCCCCAUCCAACGCACACCGCUCUCCGCAGCGGCUCACACGCAUCCGGUGUACUGCCUGAGCGUCGUUGGAACCCAAAACGCGCACAACCUGAUCAGCAUCUCGACCGAUGGGAAGCUGUGCUCGUGGAGCCUCGACAUGCUGUCGCAGCCCCAGGAGACCCUGAUUCUUCAGGCGAAGCAGUCGAAGCCGAUCGCGGUUACGUCCCUUGCGUUCCCCCAUGGCGAUGUGAACAACUUCGUCGUCGGCAGCGAGGACGGGACCGUGUACUCGGCCUGUCGGCAUGGGAUCAAGGCUGGCGUCACCGAGACCUACGAGGGUCACCAGGGUCCCAUCACCGGCGUCAGUGCACACGCCGUCCAGGCUGGCAUCGAUUUCUCUCACCUCUUCCUGACGUCGUCCAUCGACUGGACCGUCAAGCUCUGGAGUCUGAAGGAGACCAAGCCGCUCUACUCGUUCGAGCACAAUGGCGAUUAUGUCUACGACGUCGCCUGGUCUCCGACCCAUCCGGCGCUCUUCGCCACCGUGGACGGGUCCGGCAGGCUGGACCUCUGGAACCUGAACCAGGACACCGAGGUGCCGGCUGCGAGUAUCACCGUCGACGGGUGUCCUGCCCUGAACCGCGUGUCCUGGACCCCUAGCGGGUUCCACGUCACCGUUGGCGAUGACACCGGCAAGGUCUGGGUCUACGACGUCGCAGAGCACCUGGCGCACCCAAGGAUCGACGAGUGGAACAAGUUCCUGUACACUCAGCAGGACCUGAAAAAUAACAAAGCCGACGAGGAGUUGGAUAAACUGAAUCCUGGUAGCUCGGGGCCCUCGUCCCUGUCCCCGCUUCUCCUGGGCCCUGUCAGAUAAACGAAGAAUCGAGAUGAAAACCGCAAGGAGCCAUUCCUAAGGCACUAACAGCCUAACUGUACUAAUUAAUUAGCGUAGCCUACCCGAGAGUAUGUCGAAGGGCUUUAAACGAGGGAUAAGAAAGGAAAACCAAUGUACAGUUUCUGUCGCUGCUCGCGGGAUGGGCGGUAUUGCCGACAUUACUGACAUUUAAAAAUUAAAAAAAAAAAGGGAAACGAUUGCAAGAGAACUGUCUUAUAUUAACUUAGUGGUCAUCUUAAGUAAAUCGUAAGAAUUGUUUAGAGAGCAGCGUCUAGUUUUAUGUCAUCUUCGGUCAUGUACCUCGUCGUUAUUUGGCUUCGAUGAUGCUCUGGACUGACACCUCCUCCGAUACGUUUCCGUCUUGUCGUUCUAAUCACUCAUGUAAUUAAGUCUACUUAUUUAAUCUUAAAUCCGAAGUCUCACACUUUUUUUUUGUAACUCUUUGCGUGUAAAUAAUAUCAGGUGUGCGUUGUUGUUUCACUUGGAUGAGAGAACACAGAGCCGAGGAGAGUGUUUAACAGUUUCCGCCGUGUUGUACAUCGGUUUGUAUAAAAGUCAGUGACAGGUCUCCCGUUGCAAAUGUAAAUUGGUUUCCCGUCGAUUAGUCGCCCCCGUCUUUUGUGCGUAUUUAAAUCUGAAUGUAACGUUCUCAUAGUAUUACGUUAUUAUAUGAAAGCAACACGUAUGAAUAUAUAUAUAUAUAAUACAUAUAACCUAAAAGCGUCGUUACACGUUCUUCGUUAUUUGUAAGACUCAUUGUACGGUCGUCCGGAUUUGUAAAGCAUAUUGCUUAAGACAUUUUUACUCCGUUUCCUUUUCUUUCUUUUUUAACCAGUUUUAUCUCGUUUGUAGAAGUUCUCGAUAUAUCCGAAUAAACUUUCGUUGCAGUGAUACAA